CUCGCAAAGUGCAUCUGAGCCAUUUCUGCAGUGCCAAAAGCUUGCGCCCCAUGAGAAAACUUGAACUUAAAGUAACAGCCUAGAGGCGCAGGCUGGGCGCAGGGCCGUCCUUCCAGCUUCUGAAUUGCUAAGCAAAGGGCCUCAAUGGCUGCCGCAACGUUGGGUCGUACUGUUGGCUCAACAAAUAAAGUCCUUCUGUCCUUUCAAUACGAUGCCAAUGAGUCAUCGACGAGCAGAGUGCAUAUGGCUAUUGCAAAGCCACUCUCUCAUAACUUGCUGGUACAACCAGCUUUCAGCACGUUCCAGAGGUUGCAGUGCAAUCAUACAUCCAGUAGGUCUGCUCAGGCAACUGCAAACCAUGUCAGGAAGGGGCAGCUGGAUGUGAGGGAAAGUCAAAGGGGCACCAGUCGGGAAGGAGAAGCGUCGGCGAGGAAAGCAGAGGUGGCAGAGGUGAACGUGGGGACGUGCUUGCUGCGCUUUCCUGUCGAUCUGCCUGCCAAGGUCAUGCAACAGCAGCUUGAAAGUGUAUACGGGCCUGGACUGCUGCUAAGGGCCUCAGACAGCCUCGCUUUCAGCAACGACGACAAGGUGUCUGCAGGAUCGUACGAGUAUAUCCAUGGGGAACAUACGGUGAAGCUAGACACGAAGGAAGCGAUGGAGGGUCUAAGCAAGGUCCUGGCAAACCUGGAGAAAAUCUCAAGGCUGGUUGAACAGAGGAGAAGGCGCCGCUGGUUCAUCUUUUAAGCAGUGAUCUUUCGCAACAAAAGUCGCCGCUGGUUCAUCUUUUAAGCAGCGAUCUUUCGCAACAACAGUCGCUUGUCCAUCUUCAAGCUGCCUCCGUCAGCAGGAAAAGUCACUGUGGGCGGACUUAUGCAUCUCCUGUACAGCUCAUAUUCACCCAAAGACUCUGGCAUUAGCUUGCCUUCUCGUUUUAGUCGUGUAAUCUACCCAGGCAAUGGGUGUCCGCCAAGAAUACUUCCUCCUUUGCUAGUGAACCAGUGUCUUAAUGCAUCGCACUUGGAUUGUUGGCCACAAAAUACCAACGGAAGCUUUGAUCAACAGUA